AUGUGCGCACUAUAUGAAUCAGGGAGACGAAGAAGGGGGAGGGGGAAGAGCAGGGGCAGCAUAGGCACGGGCAGCACAGGCACGGGCAGCACAGGCACGGGCAGCAACGGGCGGCGACGGGCAGCACAGGCACGGGCAGCAACGGGCGGCAACGGGCAGCACAGGCACGGGCAGCAACAUGCGGCAACGGGCAGCACAGGCACGGGCAGCAACGGGCGGCAACGGGCAGCACAGGCACGGGCAGCAACGGGCGGCAACGAGCAGCACAGGCACGGGCAGCAACAGGCGGCAACGGGCAGCACAGGCACGGGCAGCAACGGGCGGCAACGGGCAGCACAGGCACAGGCAGCAACAGGCAGCAACGGGCAGCACAGGCACAGGCAGCAACGGGCGGCAACAGGCAGCACAGGCACGGGCAGCAACGGGCGGCAACAGGCAGCACAGGCACGGGCCGCAACGGGCGGCAACAGGCAGCACACGGGCAGCAACGGGCGGCAACAGGCAGCACAGGCACGGGCAGCAAUGGGCGGCAAUGGGCAGCAACGGGCAGCAACGGGCAGCACAGGCACGGGCAGCAACAGGCGGCAACGGGCAGCACAGGCACGGGCAGCAACGGGCGGCAACGGGCAGCACAGGCACGGGCAGCAACAGGCAGCAACGGGCAGCACAGGCACGGGCAGCAACGGGCGGCAACGGGCAGCACAGGCACGGGCAGCAACAGGCAGCAACGGGUAG